UUUCAUCAGUACCAGGUCGUGGGGAGGGCUCUUCCUUCUGAAGCGGAUGAGCAUCCGAAGAUCUAUCGAAUGAAACUUUGGGCUACCAACGAGGUCCGCGCCAAAUCCAAGUUCUGGUAUGUUCUUCAAUCCGUCAAUGUUGAUCUAUCGUUUUGUUUAGUUGUUCGGGAGAAAAUGUAGCGGAAGAACGAGAGUUCGAAUCGUUAUUAGUGGAUUUGUUGUUUUCGACGUGAUUCUUUCUACAAAUUCACGAGAUUUUGAAGGAAUCUGUGUAGCUUGAUCCAUGUUCUUUUCAUCCUCGCAUCUGGAUAGGUACUUUUUGAGGAAGUUGAAGAAAGUUAAGAAGAGCAAUGGUCAAAUUCUUGCCAUUAAUGAGAUCUUUGAAAAGAACCCAACCAAGAUCAAUAACUAUGGCAUUUGGCUGCGGUACCAGAGCCGAACUGGUUACCACAACAUGUACAAGGAGUAUCGGGACACGACAUUGAACGGUGCUGUCGAGCAGAUGUAUACCGAGAUGGCUUCGCGCCAUAGGGUUAGGAGCCCGUGCAUCCAAAUCAUUAAGACAGCGACUGUUCCUGCAAAGCUCUGCAAGAGGGAAAGUACGAAGCAGUUCCAUGACUCAAAGAUCAAAUUCCCCUUGGUGUUUAAGAAGGUGAGGCCACCCACCAGGAAGCUCAAGACGACAUACAAGGCAUCUAGGCCCAACUUGUUCAUGUAAUUCUGCUCAUCUUUAUCUUCUCUUUAUUAUUGACAUGGGUAGUUUAUAGAAACUUGGAGAAGUAGAUGAAAUUUCUGCACAAAAAAAAAAAAAAAGAAAAAGAAAAAACCUUUCGUUUUUCUUGCACAAUUGUUACUCUUCUUUGGAGGUUGUGAGGUGAUUUUGACAAUUUUGGUUGGAUUAAUUUAAAGCAAAUUUUUAAGGGUUUGUUUCUGAAUUGUUGGAAA